GGAGCCUUUCCUCCAAGGCUGUGGGAACCGCUGGACUGUGACUCAAGUUUGACAGCUAUUCCCUGCUAGAAGUGUCCGAACUACUAGACAUACUUUCGUAAUUGUAUCUUCGUUUGGUGUAUUUAUUUGUGGAAAGACCAUGGAAAGCCUGACAGCUUGCAACUUGUGAGUCUGAUUCUGCUUUGGGAACUGCCAAACGCCGUGAGGAUAUAUGCAAUAAGGAAAUAUCUGUCGCUGGAGCAACUCUGACCAUUCCCGGUAAAGGCACACUGAUUGUAACAGGAGCAGUAGAAAAGUUCUUUGAAACCAGCGUAUCGUUGUUGGUCUUCCAAAUACCAUCUUGAGGGUGAUGUACAGCAUCCAUUGUAAAGCUUAACAGUGUAGUCGAAGAAACAGAGAAACUGUCUGAAGAAAGGUUGUUCAAGCGUAUCAGCUAACUGUGAAAAUACGAGGGGCAGUCAGAUCCUAGUCCCCUGUCUGGAGAGGAAUGGGUUUUAGUGAUAAUCUCAGGUGUGCACAGAGCCAUGCUGCUCUUCUCCGGCUGCAGGAUUCGGAGUUGCGACUCAUGGAAGUAAUAAAGAAGUGGAUAGUGCAGCGCUCAAAGACUGACAGGGAGUACUCAACAUUGCUCCACCAGAUGGUGACACUUGCUGAGAAGCAGGAAGGGACACCACAAACUGGAGGCAUGGAUCACAUCAGUCAGCUCAGUAAGUCAUGGUCAGCAGUGGUAAGUCAAACAGAAAAUCUGAGUCGGAUUUUACGGAAGAGAUCUGAAGAUCUGAACUCAGGACCUCUAAAUAAAUUAACCCUGCUAAUUCGGGACAAGCAGCAGCUGAAGAAAGCAUACAGUGAACAAUGGCAACAGCUGCAGCACGAGGUCACAAAGGUGACUCAAACUGAACUAGAAAAAUUAAAGCAGCAGUACCGUCAGCAGGCAAAGGAUACAUUGCAAGCAAAGCGCAAGUACCUGGAAGCAAGCAAAGACAAAGACCGAGACAAGGCUAAAGACAAAUAUGUGAAAAGUACAUUAAAAUUACAUGUGCUCCACAACCAGUAUGUUCUGGCUCUGAAGGCAGCAGAACACCACCACUCUUACCAUUACCAGCUAACAGUGCCGACACUGCACAGCUCUCUCCAGAAGAUUCAUGAAGAGAUGGUUCUUGUGUUAAAGGAAAUCCUGCAGGAAUAUUAUGACAUGACUAAUCUGGUAGAUGAAGAAGUAAAGGAAGUACAUAAGGAAAUUUCAAACUCUGUUAGUUCCAUUGACCCUAAAACAGAGUAUGACAGUUUUAUUCAGCAAAACAGGUCUGUAUCAGAAAUCCCAAAUGCACAGACGUUUGACAGCACUCUGCUGGAAGACACUGAUAAUUUGGAAGCAGGAGAGUUACAACUGAAUGAGCUAACAAUCGAGUCUAUGCAGCACACACUGACAUCAAUUGAGGAGGAACUGCAGAGCAUUAGUGAGACACUAAUAAGCAGGAAGGAGACAGCCAUCCAGAUGGAGAAUGACAUCAUGACUGAGGAAAAGAGUAUGGGACUUCAUCAACGGAUAUACCUGCUAAGUAAACGACAUGCACUCGAGGACUUGAGGCAGCAGACACAGGUUUUACUGUGCUCCCAGGCUAAGCUUGAGGCCCAGAGAGUGAUCUUGAAGGAUAAGUUGAAUUCUCUGGGGAACAGAGAUCCACCCCAAGCCCUGAACCUGGAUGAUGAUCAGCUGUCUGUGACAUCAAUGGAAAAGGACAAGGAAGGAGGGAAGAACUUGACUCUGGAAUCGUUAAAGAAUCACAUUGCUGUGAUAUUUAAGCCAAGAUACUCGCUUCCUCCGCUAUUGCCGAUAAUCCCAGAUGUUCAGAAGCCACUGGAAAAACAGGACUGGUAUCAUGGUGCCAUUCCAAGGCUUGAAGUUCAGGAAUUACUCGUGAAUGAUGGAGACUUCCUGGUAAGGGAGAGCCAGGGAAAGCAGGAGUAUGUUCUGUCCAUCAUGUGGGGAAACCAGUGUCGGCAUUUCAUUAUCCAGUGCACAGAUAACUUAUAUAAAUUUGACGGAGAAGGGUACAGCACCAUUCCUCUGCUGAUUGAUAGUCUGCUGAAGUCAAAGCAGCCAGUCACCAAGAAAAGUGGUAUUACUCUGAGCAAAGCAAUCCCCAAGGACAAGUGGGUGCUUGAUCACGAUGACGUCCUUCUUGGGGAGCGAAUUGGAAGGGGAAACUUUGGAGAAGUCUUCAGUGGGCGAAUUAAGUCAGAUAACACACCUGUCGCAGUGAAGACAUGUCGGGAGAGCCUCCCACCAGAUCUAAAGAAUAAAUUCCUGAUGGAGGCAAGAAUCUUGAAGCAGUAUGAUCAUCCAAACAUCGUCAAGCUGAUAGGGGUCUGUACACAAAAGCAGCCCAUCUACAUUGUUAUGGAGUUGGUGCAAGGUGGAGACUUCUUGUCCUAUUUACGUAAUGAAGGACUGCGUCUAAAAACAAAGGAUCUAAUAAAGAUGUCAGAGCAUGCUGCCGCAGGAAUGGCUUAUCUAGAGAGCAAACACUGCAUUCACAGGGAUCUUGCUGCCCGUAACUGUCUCAUUACAGAAAAGAAUGUUCUGAAGAUCAGUGAUUUUGGGAUGUCAAGAGAGGAAGAAGAUGGAGUAUAUUCUGCUACAGGGGGCAUGAAACAGAUCCCUGUCAAAUGGACAGCACCAGAAGCACUAAACUAUGGUCGGUACACACCAGAAAGUGAUGUCUGGAGUUACGGCAUCCUCUUGUGGGAGACAUUCACAUUGGGUUCCACCCCUUAUCCAAAUAUGACCAAUCCACAAACACGAGAAGAGGUUGAAAAAGGGUACCGAUUACCUAUACCUGAAUCAUGCCCCCAAGAUGUUUAUAAGUUAAUGUGUAGGUGUUGGGAAUAUGAUCCUAAAAAACGACCAAACUUUAGUGUGAUUCACCAUGACCUUGUAGAUAUCAGGAAGAAGUGGAAAUGAAUAAAGAGCUGGAGGAAUCGUCCCUGUGGCUGCUGCAAAUGGGAUUCAGAGGCUUCCUUGAUAAUGGAUAGGUAUGACAUACUGAGUGUUAAAACCACUGCUGGAGACCAUAAUAGUACUGAAGAGUUCUGGAAAUUAUCGAUUAACUUCAACAGCAGCACAGGAGUUUCUGAUAUUUGGCAUGUCGACUCAAAAGUAAUAGAGGAAUCUGAGAAAUGUCUGUCCAUCAAUGGACAUAUAGAUUUGUGUACUUUCCGGCUAAAUAACAAAGCAUCAAGACUUGGUAUAGCCUGCAAUGUGACAUGCAUUAUCUUUGCAAACCUGUGGACUCAUAUGUGCCUGUGCCUUGUUUAAGGUAGACUAAUUAUAAGGCUUGCUGACACAUCUGUAUAAUUUCUUCACCUUCUCUUCUGUCCUGCUGUUCAGCAGUCUAUGAAACCAGUAUCUGUUUAUCUCUGGCUGACUAGCUGUCAAGUGUACAGGUGUUUUUAAGAUUAUAUCCUCCCAUUGCAGGGAUGCAAAUAAAGUUCAGAAAAAAGCG